CGAAACGUUCGUAAGGACUCCAAAAUAUAUCCCGAAGCCGGUCCUUGACUAUCACCCGAAACGCCUUGACCAUUCUCACCGCAACGGUGGCGGCGGCGAGACGAGUCAAAACAUAAUCCGCAUACUGGCGGAUACUUAUAUACAGAUCGGUGCAACACACUAGUGCAUAUUAUCUGACGUUCUUUAUUAAUCUAGAUUAAAACGAUACUUGUUUACAUUUUUUUUUGUUACAAUGGGCAAAGCAACAGAAUUAAAGUUAGAAGCGGAAAUUACCAGAAACGAGUAUGACUCGUUUAAAUCGUCAUUCGCUCAAAUCGGUACGAUUAUCGUACAAAAUGUAAUCAUGUUGGGCUUCGGCAUGUCUCUGGCCAUACCUACAGUAGUAAUAGGAUCACUGUUAUCGGAUGAUGACGGAUACGAUGGCGGUGGUGGCAGCAGCACUGUAACGCUGUCAAAAAAUGAAGCCUCGUGGUAUGGCAGCGUGCUGCUCGUGUGUCAUCCGACAGGCGGCCUUCUAUCUGGCGUACUCCAGGAAAUUAUCGGCCGCAAAUGGUGCAUGGCCUUUGUCAGCUUGCCUCAGCUGAUAGGCUGGUAUGUCUUGUGGAAAGCCACAACCUCGCUUGACUUGUACGUCUCUUGCGUGGCACUCGGCCUUAGCAUGGGAUUGAGCGAGGCUCCCGUUCUCACAUACGUAGGGGAGGCCGUUGAGCCUAAACUUCGAGGACCCCUGUCGUCCGUUUCCACAUUUACUAUCAUGCUGGGAUCGUUUGUAGCUUAUCUCAUGUCUACAGCUCUUCAUUGGCGAACAAUAGCCAUGAUUAAUAUGUCCGUACCCAUAAUUUCCUUCGUCGCCAUCGUACUUCUAACAACCGAAUCACCAAUAUGGUUACUGUCGAGGAAUCGAUCUAGCGAAGCAAAAAAGUCUUUGGCCUAUCUGAGGGGAUGUAUUAGCACAGACCAAGUGGAAGAAGAGUUCUCCGAGCUAUCCGUUUACGCGGGUUAUAACAAAUGUGCGGAUCCCGAAGAGUAUGGCGACUGCGGAUGCGAUCAGCGACGACUGUCCUACGUCAAAUAUCUGCAAAUCAACACGACUGACGACGUAACCACCGAAGAUCCUAAUUACGCCAAACGCUCGGCCGGGAUCUCAUGGAUGGACUCUUUUAAACAAUUUUGGUCUCCAGAAUUAUACCGACCAUUUGCGUUCAUCAUGUUGUUCUUUUUCUUUUGGUGUUUCGCCACGUUUAUUCCGGCCAAGCCAUAUUUGAUUAGCGUUUUUGCGGACAUUGGACUACCGUGCACCGCUCACUGGACAUUGGUUUACACUUCCGUUUUAACACUGGUGGGCACCCUGUUGAACGUGCUUACCGUCGCUAAAUUCGGCAAACGCCCCAUAACUUUAGUGUCGAUGACUCUGUGCGCUUCCUCAAUGUUGGGCAUAGGUUUUUACUUGGUAGGCGUUAAUCACUUUUCGUUGGUAUGCCCGUGGAUACCCAUGUUACUACUGAACACAUUGUUCUUUUUUUCCGGUUACGGCGUGUUCCCCAUACCAUGGAUGUUGGUCAGCGAAAUUUACCCAACUAAGGGUCGAGGAAUUGUGAGCGGUUUAACGGCAGCCAUGGCGUUCUCGAUGUCGUUCGUUUUCACCAAGUCGUUUUUACAGACCCAAGCUUUGCUCACCCUGCCAGGACUAUUUGUUACCUACGGGGCUGUCACUCUGAUCGGCACUUUAUAUUUGUACGCUUGCAUGCCCGAGACGGAAAAUAAGACUUUGCAAGAAAUAGAAAAAUUCUUUAUCGGAGAUUUGGACAGCCACGACAACGAUUGAAGUGCACGGCUCAUUUUAGAGUUUAAUUUAUUCCUAACUAUGAUACUUGAACAUCGACUUGUUUAGUACUUCUUUUUGAGUACCUGCGGUUUCGUUAGUUAAUUUAUUGAACAACUAUUAUUUAUUUAUUUAUUUAUUUAUUUAUUUCCACAACAUAAGCUAUAAGGUACCUAAAUAGGUACAAAAUAUAAUAUAAAACUGCAGCCUUAACAGAAGUUAUUGUGUAUAUUUUUAAG